AUGGAGGGUGAAUUUUCAAACCCAGAGACUGGAGUUGCCCAAGAGGAAGACUCCAAGUCUAACAAUGGGGCGAAUGCACACAUUUGCUGUGUUUGCUUCCGGCCCAACACCAAUUAUUUCUUGAUCAGCUGUGAUAACUGCAGCAAGUGGUUUCAUGGUAACUGCGUCAAGAUUACAGAGAAGGUGGCCAAGGCUAUACAAGAGUGGUUCUGUCUGCAGUGCCAGGAAAAGAACCCCAAACUGGAGAUCCGACACCAACCCAAAAAAGUGUGCGGUGAGCGGGAUGGGGAACCUGAGGCUAAGGCGAGGGACGGUGCUGGCACUCCGUGUCGGGAGAUGGCCUCAGAUCUCUUUUCAGAGUGUGUGGGAAGUGGGCCCAUGAUCCUCUCCAAGGACUGCACCUGUCCCCACAAGGAGACAACACUUGGGACUCUACAAGAAGUAUCCAACCUGCAGAAAAAACGGUCAGCUCGGAGCUGUGGGGAGCGUGAGGCUUGCAGGAGCACCGAAGACUGUGGUCACUGUGACUUCUGCCGUGACACGAAGAAAUGUGGGGGCCACAAAAUGCGACAAAAGUGCCAGUGCCGAGACCGAGAAUCCUAUAACCAUUCCCCUUCCUCCGUAAGCCCAGCGCCGGCUAUGCGGAAACCUCUGGCACCGGAAGACCAUUUCCAGACGUUAAAGGAGGCGCCGGAGGCUGUGGCCCCAUUUGAGGCACUCUCUCUUGCGGAGCUGCCUCUGGACCCAGAGAUCUACCCGGACUUUCCUGCUGGAGCCUUUGAUGACCAUUCUUUGCCAUCGUUGAGUGAUCCUGAGGAUGACCCUUUCCUGGAGCCGGUACUUCGGGAACGUGGAGUGAGAGUGAAACACGUCAAACGGCUGUCCCAGACGUCAAAGCGGCAGCGGCAGAAGCAGAGGCGAAGCGAGAAGCGCAAACACCCGGAACCGCCAGAUCCCGAGGACCCGGCCCCCUUGCCCCAGUGUCUGGGCCCCAAGUGCGUCCGGCCUGCCCGGCCAGGCUCCAAGUACUGCUCGGAUGACUGCGGCUUGGCGCUGGCUGCCAGUCGCAUCCAUGAGAUCCUACCCCGGAGAAUCCAGGAAUGGCAGCAAAGCCCGUGUGUCGCCGAAGAACUGGAGAAGAAACUGCUGAAGAAGAUUCGAAGGGAGCAGCGGGAGGUGUGGCUGCACGUGCAGGACGCCGAGCGUCGUUUUCAAGAGCUGGAGGAUGUCAUCAUCCAGGCCAAGCGACAGGUGGUACAGGAGAACGGGGAGAAUAAUAAGAGAUACAGCAAGCAUCCAAGCCAGCAGAUCUUCUGUGUCUCCUGUGGUCACCCUGUCAACUCCCAGGUAGCACUGAGGCACAUGGAGCGUUGCUAUGCUAAGUAUGAGAGCCAGGUGACCUCCGGGUCGCUGCAGCCCACGAGACUUGAGGGGGUCUCUCGGCUCCUCUGUCAGGUAUACAGCCCCCAGAGCAAAACUUAUUGCAAGCGCCUGCAGGUCCUGUGCCCUGAGCACUCCAGGGAGCCCACGGCCCCAGCAGAUGAAGUGUGCGGCUGUCCCUUGGUGCGCAAUGUGUUUGAGCCGACGGGAGACUUCUGCCGCCUGCCCAAAAGGCAGUGCAAUCAGCACUACUGCUGGGAGAAGCUGCACAGAGCCGAGGUGUAUCUGGAGUGGCUGCGGGCGUGGAGCAAACUGGAGGGGCUCUGGAAGCAGGAGCGAAACAUCCAGAUGGCAAAGGCCAACCGGGCCGGCCUGCUGGCCCUAAUGCUGCACCGGACCACCCAGCACGACCCGCUCACCCCAGACCUGCGCACCAAGCCGGACCACUGA